GGCAAACAAACUAAUGUCGCUGUCACUUUGUCCGGGAAUUAAUCUAAAGUAAUGUUAAAAAUAAAGUAUCGAUUAAAAAAUUUGUAUGAAACGAACUCUGUAAAACUAUUUUUUAUAAACCCUUACUUGUAGUGGCAUCAGCAGCGUCUCUGCACGUACAAUUUCGCAAGUGGCAGUGAACAGUGUGUGGGUGUAACGAAACAUAUUUGCGGUCAGAUUAUAGAUAGGGGCGUUACAAUCUAUAUACAGUUGGUUGUAGUACCGUUGCUUCGCCAACCAAACAUGUCACUUUUAAAAAGCCGCUUGUUUUAUUAAUCAAAUAACAAAUAAAUGGUGUUUUUUUAUACCUUUGGACUAAGAUAGCUCUUCACAGUUGUAGAUGAUUUUGUGCCAAGAGAGCAGGAAUGGCGAGGAACUGAUAGUAUCUUUGGGAAGAAAAGUGAAUUUUGUGUGAUAGUUGAAAGCUCAGCAUUUUUUUUUGAGCAUUCAAUCAAUGCCUGGUGACGUUUGCCGUUUGAGAUAAUAGUGGGUUUCUCAAAAUCUUGUCCCUUGAACCAUGGAAGAUUCGGCAGAUUCACAAAAGUGGCAGCAGCAUUUAGCUCUGCUCAGAGAGCAGUAUGUUAAUCUUUACAAUAAUUAUACCGAGUUGCAGCAAAAGCAUGCACUAGCAAUGGCAACCAAAGAAGACCAGGGCUUUAUUGGAAGGCUCUUAUCUCAGAUAUCUCAGAUGUACGAGGGGCAACGUUACAGCGACGUGACUGUUGCUCUGCAGGACAGAAACAUUCCUGUUCACAAAUUUGUACUUGCUGCCAGAAGUGAUUCUUGGAGCUCUUUGCCAGAAAAAGCAGUUUUAGACUGGAAAAAUCUUGAUGGAAAUGUGGGCUCCAUUCUCUUGAAAUGGAUAUACUCGGAUGUCGUGAAUCAGGAAGAUUUGUCUCUCGAACUAAUGAAGGCUGCAUCUGGAUUUGGACUGAUUGAAUUAGUUGACAGGUGUGAAAGGUAUCUAAUUGGAAGUGUCAAAUUGCAAGAUUGCGUGAGGCUGUACACGGUGGCAGAGGAGCUGGGAGCAAAAAAAUUGCGUGAUCACUGUAGUUCGUUAAUAUCAUGUCACUGGGAUGACCUAAGUGGCGAGGACUUUAAAGAAAUGCCUGGACCACUGUUGUACCAACUAUUGAAGACUAAAAGUGAAUACCCGCUACAUUCCGCCGUUCGUCUGCAACGGGAAGACGUCGUAUUUUUAUAUUUGGUUGAACACAACGCAGAGCUCCCGGCAGCCGUGAACAAGCGAGACUCCCGAGGCGAGACGGCCCUGGAGGUGGCCCUGAAGAGCCGUCAACCGUCGCUGGCCCGCACGCUGGUCGAGCACCGCGCCGACCUCUGCGCCCAGGACUCCCGCGGCCACAGCCUCCUGCACUCGGCCAUCAUCAAGGCCGACUCGUACGCGGCCGAGUUCAUCGUCGAGCAGCUCGAGAACAACAACGCCGGGAGCACCAAGGGCCUGGACCGGCCCGACGAAUCGGACGGCAGGACUGCCCUCCACCUCCUAGCCGCCCACACCUCCCGGGACAUGCUCGCCGUCGCGGCCAGGCUCCUCAAAGCCGGGCUAGACCCGAACGUCCAGAGCCACGAUGGCUGGAGUCCGCUGCACUGCUGCGUGGCCGAGAGGAACGAGGCCCUGCUGGACUUGCUGCUGGCGAGCACGGAGCUCGAGGUCGAGCUGCGCACCAAGCGAGGCGACACGGCCCUGUGCAUGGCCCUCCUGGCCGAGCCGGACGGCUUCGAGGCCGGCGCCGCCAAGCUCCUGGGACGCGGCGCCUCGGCCAACCCCUUCUACCCGGGCGACGAGGCCGACACCCUGCUGCACCGGCUGGCGCGCGACUCCCGCGAGGCCGCCGCCCUCUUUCUCCUCGAGCCCUGCGACCCCCGAGAGAGCAGCAGCGGCCAGCAGGGCGCCAAGAGAAAGUGGCGCGCCCCGGCUGAGAGCCUCGAGGCGCGCAACCGCGAGGGCUGGACCGUGCUGCACGAGGCGGCGCGCUCGGGCCUGGGGUUGCUCUGUCGCCGGCUCCUGGACCGGUGUCCCAGCCUCCUGGCCAGUCGCACGCUCUCCGGCGACACGGCCCUCCACUUGGCGGUCCAGCACGGCAGGCACGAGGCCCUGCGCGCCAUACUCGACAAUGCCGGUGGUGGCAACAGCCUCGAGGAGCGCCGGGAGCUCCUAGCCGCGAAGAACCGGGCCCAGGAGAGUCCCUUGAGCUUGGCCCUGGCAGCGGUGCCGAAGGACAGGGAGAUACUGGCUGCGCUGAUUGCGGUGGGCGCCGAUCUCGAGCAGAGGAACGAGGCCGGCCACACGGCACUGCACCAGGCCAUUUUAAAGGAGGACUCGGCCAGCGCGGUCUUUCUGCUCGAGCACGGGGCCGACAUGAACGCCAGAACUACCGAAGGAGAGACGGCCCUGCAAUUGAGCGUGCACUGCCGGCUGGGCGACGUGGUCGAGGCCCUGUGCCGGCGCGGGGCCGAUACCUCGGCCGGUUGUCCGUUGUGGGACGCGCUCGAGUCCGAGCAGGAGGACGUGGCGUCGAGCCUCGUGGCGCACGGUGCCGAUCCCGACUGCUGGUCGCCCGGGCCAGACGGCUGCCGGCAGACCCUCCUCCACAGGGCCAUUGACGAGAACCGCGAGGACAUUGCCCAGUUCUUGAUCAGAAGCGGCUGCGAUCUCAAUUCACCGCGCAGAGCCGGCUCGGAUGGUGCCGGUGGCGAGGAGGCGCGCGACGAUUGCACGCCCCUCCACCUGUGCUGCCAGUGGGGACUCGAGCAGGUUGUACAAACAUUGAUAGAACACGGGGCUAAUGUCAACGCUAAGGACUCCGAAGGUAAGACGCCCCUGCACGUUGCCAUACAGAACCACCACGCUCAGAUCAUCUCGCUGUUGCUAUGCCAUCCCAACAUCAACCUGUCCCAGAGGGACAAGAAGGGACAGAGCCCGUUCGCCUCUGCGCUGGCCGUGCGAAACAACAAGGCCGCCCAGGCUAUUCUGGACAGGCUGCCCUCGGCCGCGGAACAGUUCGACAACAAGGGGAGGAACUUUUUGCACACUGCCAUACAGAAAAACGACAUGGAAAGCAUACUGUUUUUGCUUUCGAUACAGGUGGAUGUGAAUUCAAGGGUACAGGACGUGAUGCAGAUACCACCGCUGCACUUGGCAGCGGUCAGUGGCAAUGAAAUGCUGGUCCGUAGCUUGAUACUAGCCGGGGCACGAGUCAACGACACGGACGCCCACAGGAAUACGGCUCUGCACGCGGCUGCCAAGGCUGGCCACGCCACCGUUGUUUCGGCACUGCUGCAGAACGGCAUACACUUUGACGCGGUGAAUGCCGAUGGAGACAAUGUACUACACGUUGCCGUUAGAGAGGGACACGUGCCUGUGGUGCGAACUCUGCUCACCGAGUGCACGCUCGACGCCGAGGCAGUCAAUCUCAAGGGCCGCAAUCCACUCCACGAGCUUGCGAGGUACGGUCGUGAUAACGCGGCUACGAUCUGCGAGCUGUUUUUCGAGUGCAUGCCCCAGUAUCCUCUCAACAAUGCAGAUCUCGAUGGAAACACGCCUCUCUUAAUUGCUUACAUGAAGGGAAACGGCAAUUUAUGCCGAACUCUCGUCAAAUUCGGCGCAUGUCUCGGUUCCAUGAACAAAGAUGGCAUAACGAUAUUUAAUUAUCAAGUAGCGACGAAGCAGCUGCUUUAUAGACUGUUGGAGUCCUUGACUCAAGAAGCACCGUGGGCAGAUAAAGAUCUGUGCCUAGAGUGCGGUACAAAAUUUUCUCUUACCAUGCGAAAACAUCAUUGUCGCCAUUGUGGAAGGAUACUGUGCAGCAAGUGUUCAGGCCAAGAUGUUCCAAUAUUGAAAUUUGGACUGAACAAACCCGUCAGAGUAUGUGGUGUCUGUUUCGACGUUCUUCAAAUCGGCGCGGACUAAGAGGCUACAUGUCAUUCUUCUUGAUUAUUGAAUCAUUUGCUGAUAAUUAUGUUAUGUAACAUUGAAAUUGAUCAUUAUAUUGUUAAGGUUAUUAAAAAUGUAUAGAAAUGUUCCUCUACAAUUUUCAAAACAUUAA